AUGGCUUCCAAAGCCAUGAUUCCCGUCCUCGUCGCCAUGAUGCUACUGACGGGCAUGUGCAACACCCUCUUUACCAAGUACCAGGACAUGCAAUGUGUCGCUAACUGUGACGAUCCCAACCCUGCCAAACGCAAGAACUUCGAGCAGCCUGUCAUUCAGACACUCCAGAUGUUCGUCGGAGAAUCUGGAUGUUGGCUUGUUGUCUUCGUCUCAUACCUCUUCUCUCGCUACAUUACCAAAUCCUCCAACACAACCGCAUACCAGCCCAUCGACACCGAAGACAAAGAUCUUGAAGCUCCCGCUGAUGCCACAAAUGUGCCUGCCAAACCCUUUGCUGAUUCAGAGCAUGCUGGCCAAAGACUGCCGCUCAAAGGAUGGAAACUUCUGUUGCUUGCACUCCCUGCAUGCUGUGACAUCGCCGGAACCACCUUGAUGAACGUAGGCUUGCUGUUCGUGGCAGCCAGCAUAUACCAAAUGACCAGAGGUGCCCUCGUGCUCUUCGUCGGACUUUUCAGCGUCAUCUUCCUCAAGAGACACCUGAAUGCCUUCAAGUGGGCCAGUUUGUUUAUCGUCGUCGCAGGAGUGGCAGUAGUUGGCUUGGCCGGCGCUCUGGAGAACAAGAAGGCCACGGUUCCUGGCACUACACCCGGAUCUGAUCCUCCGAGUAUGGGCGAACUUCGACACCAGAUGGCUUACAGCACCAUUCAUUUGAUGCGCGAUGUUGCGAAAAGCGUCGUGGCUACCGCUCAGGAACACUCUGCAGCCCAGACUAUCAUCGGAAUACUUCUCAUCGCUGGAGCGCAGAUCUUCACAGCAUCACAGUUUGUGCUGGAAGAAAGCAUCAUGGCCAAGUAUGAGCUAGAUCCCCUCGCAACUGUCGGAUGGGAAGGAGUCUUUGGCUUCUCGGUCACGGCUAUCGGUAUGGUGAUUCUACACUUUGCGGUUGGACGUACCGAAGCCGGCAGAGGAGGUUACUUCGAUGCAAAGGAGGGGUUAAGCCAAGUGCUUCAACAUCGGGCGAUUGCUGUGAGCAGUUUAUUGACCAUGGUGUCGAUUGGUGGAUUCAACUUCUUCGGGCUUUCUGUCACUCGCACAGUGUCGGCGACAGCUCGUAGUACCAUCGAUACUUGCCGAACGUUAUUCAUCUGGGUGGUCAGUCUGGGGCUCGGGUGGGAGACAUUCAAGUGGCUUCAGGUGGUAGGCUUUGGACUGCUGGUGUACGGCACCAUGCUGUUCAACGAGAUCAUCCAGCCACCCACAGUAGGAUUCUUGCGCAAGAGAAUUACACUCGAGACGGAGGAUGAAAGAAGAGGAAGGAACGACUAG